AUGGCCUCCAUGCAGGACGGGCUGAACUUCACGUCUCCUACCUACGGCAAGGUCCUGCUGCUGGGUGCCAUCGCUGCUGCCUCAGCCUUCGUCAUCACCAUCCUCAUCGUGGUGCUCUGUGUGGGCUGCCAGAGGUGAGACGAGUUAAUGACCAUGACCAUGUGCACACACACGCACUCACACACACACAGCUGUUUGCAUCUUUAUAGUACAUUACAUGUUGUGUAUAUUAUAGGAAGGGAAAGACGCAUAAUGUCUCCAAUGAAAGUGGGAAGCACAGGCUGAUGGACAUGGUGAGCAGAGAAUCCCUCAUAUUUCCACAUUUACCUCAGCUGUGAGCAUCACUUUAGGUUAAACAUGGAUACAUUAUGCUUUCAAGCAAUUGAGAAAAGCUAUAAUUUUGUUUUUUGUUUUUUCAGAGUAUACUCAAGCAGUCAAGGCUGCGUUCCAUCAGCAAGUCGGACAGUGAGAUGAACAAGCUAAACUGCAAUGGCAAGAGUGAGUACAACUCUUAGGCAUAAGAGUAUCACAAAUGUUCAGUUCCAUUUGUAGAAAUCUUCACCACAUAACAAACAAUGAUCUUUACACCUUUUACAAAGCCUUCUUUUAUUUAGGUGUGAAAGAAUGCUAACCUUUCUGGUUUCCAUGUGUCCUGCAGAGUCAUCCAAAAAGAACCGCCCGGCCAGCAUGGACCUCCUGCUGCUGCCCAGCCGCCGGUCCAACUCUGACCUGCGCUCCGGGGGACGGACGCUACCCCAGGUACCCUCUGGCACCGGAGAAGAGCAUACCUACUCUGAGGUAGGUCAACGCUCCUCCCCGAAGCGUGGCCCUGAUAACAACCUCUACGCAAUAGUGGGCAGGGCCGGAGAGACAGACACCCCAGCCCCUCCAGCCGUCCCAGCCAACACCCCUGCCCCCCCUGACCCAGACGGGGAUGGGUUGAAUGAACCACUCCCCGAGCCUGAGCCCAUCCCCCAGGCUAUGGCUCCUCCACACCCCCCGGAGACUACUGCAGAGUAUGCCUGCGUCCGGAAGCUCCUGAAGGUGGACAAGGCUGUCCCCCAGAAGAUAGAUAGUGGGACGGAUAUGGGGGAGGCACCGGUGCCGCCUCCUCGCCAUGCCCCACCUUCACAUCCUGCCCCGCUUCCGCCACACCCUCAGAGCGUGAAAAUGCCCCGGAAAAACGCGGAGGCCUUCAACCUGCCCACCUUCCCCAAGGUUGGUAGAGAAAAGGCUGAUAAUACAGAAUGAAAUAGAUAAAGAUUGCUGUUCGUUAGGGAAGUCUAAAAGUCAGACCUUGACAAAGGCAAUGUGUGCAGAAAUGUUGAUUCAUUUCACUGCAUUUUCCUGCAUGUUUUUACAUGUCUCUUUAUGCACUUGCAGUUCACUACAUUUAUUACUCACAGACUGUGUGUGUGUAUGUUUGUGUGUUUUGUAUAAGAUUCUGUUUUGUACUUAGCAGUCUUCACAGCGCUGCUCUCUCAGGCCCAAUGCCAUCUGGAUGAUGCAAUGCAUUGAAACACAAACCAUUAUCCCUGCAGAAAGACAAUGGUGCUGCUUUCAGUCCUGUCAUUCAAACAGCAAGCUGCACCUUUCAGUUAAAAUCCACAAGAUGUGGUACUUCAAGUCAAGACUGUAAUCCUAGUUUUAAUAUACAUAAUGUAUUCUUGAUUUGGUUAGUAUCCCCUGUGCUCCAAUAAUGUAGAGCUAUACAGCUUGCAUGAAUAACUGUAAUGGUCUAGAAUCUAGAUGAUUCCUACAUUUAUGCCUGCAAGGCUGUUUGAGGUGUUUGAAUGAGCAUGCAUCUUCUUUAGGAUCUGUCAUGGAUGCUGGGUCCCUAGGCAGCCCCUGGAGAGCAUUGAGUUGUACAGUCAAUUUCUCCUGAUGCCUUUCUACAGCUGAAGUAAUUCUGUUGCGAGCUAAACAUUUAAUUGUAAUGGAUUUACAGUGCAUUUGGAAAGUAUUCAGACCCCUUGACUUUUUCCACAUGUUGUUACAUUACAGCCUUAUUCUAAGAUGGUAAAAAAGAAAAAUCCUCAUCAAUCUACACACAGUACCCCAUAAUGACAAAGCAAAAACAGGUUUGUAGAAAUGUUUGCACAUUUAUAAAAAUAAAAUAAAAAAUAAUAUCACAUUUACAUAAGUAUUCAGACCCUUUACUCAGUACUUUGUUGAAGCACCUUUGGCAGUGAUUACAGCCUCGAGUCUACUUGGGUAUGACGCUACAAGCUUGGUACACCUGUAUCCUAAUCCAGGCACUUGUCAUCUCCCGUCUGGACUACUGCAACUCGCUGUUGGCUGGCCUCCCUGCCUGUGCCAUUAAACCCCUACAACUCAUCCAGAAUGCCGCAGCCCGUCUGGUGUUCAACCUUCCCAAGUUCUCUCACGUCACCCCCCUCCUCCGCACACUCCACUGGCUUCCAGUUGAAGCUCGCAUCCGCUACAAGACCAUGGUGCUUGCCUAUGGAGCAGUGAGGGGAACAGCACCUCUGUACCUUCAGGCUCUGAUCAGUCCCUACACCCAAACGAGGGCAUUGCGUUCAUCCACCUCUGGCCUGCUGGCUCCCCUUCCUCUGCGGAAGCAUAGUUCCCGCUCAGCCCAGUCAAAACUGUUCGCUGCUCUGGCACCCCAAUGGUGGAACAAGCUCCCUCACGACGCCAGGACAGCGGAGUCACUCACCACCUUCCGGAGACAUUUGAAACCCCACCUCUUUAAGGAAUACCUGGGAUAGGAUAAAGCAAUCCUUCUAACCCCCCCCCCCCCCCAAAUUGUAAAUUGUAAAGUGGUUAUCCCACUGGCUAUAGGGUGAACGCACCAAUUUGUGAGUCGCUCUGGCUAAGAGCGUCUGCUAAAUGACGUUAAUGUGCCCUUGAGCAAGGCACUUAACCCUAAUUGCUCCUGUAAGUCGCUCUGGAUAAGAGCGUCUGCUAAAUGACUAAAAUGUAAAAUGUAAAUGUAUUUGGGGAGUUUCUCCCAUUCUUCUCUGUAGAUCCUCUCAAGCUCUGUCAAGUUGGAUGAGGAGCGUCGCUGCACAGCUAUUUUCAGGUCUCUCCAGAGAUGUUCGAUUGGGUUCAUGUCCGGGCUCUGGCUGGGCCACUCAAGGACAUUCAGAGACUUGUCCUGAAGCCACUCCUGCAUUGCCUUGGCUGUGUGCUUAGGGUUGUUGUCCUGUUGGAAGGUGAACCUUCGCCCAAGUCUGAGGUCCUGAGCGCUCUGGAGCAGGUUUUCAUCAAGGAUCUCUCUGUACUUUGCUCCGUUCAUCUUUUCCUCGAUCCUGGCUAGUCUCCCAGUACCUGCCGCUGAAAAACAUCCCCACAGCAUGAUGCUGCCACUACCAUGCUUGACCGUAGGGAUGGUGCUAGGUUUCCUCCAGACGUGACGCUUGGCAUUCAGGCCAAAGAGUUCAAUCUUGGUUUCAUCAGACCAGAGAAUCUUGUUUCUCAUGGUCUGAAAGUCCUUUAGGUGCCUUUUGGCGAACUCCAAGCGGGCUGUCAUGUGCCUUUUACUGAGAAGUGGCUUCCGUCUGGCCACUCUACCAUAAAGGCCUGAUUGGUGGAGUGCUGCAGAGAUGGUUUUCCUUCUGGAAGGUUCUCCCAUCUCCACAGAGGAACUCUGGAGCUCUGUCAGAGCGACCAUUGGGUUCUUGGUCACCUCCCUGACCAAGGCCCUUCUCCCCCGAUUGCUCAAUUUGGCCGGGCGGCCAGCUCUAGGAAGAGUCUUGGUGUGUUCCAAACUUCUUCCAUUUAAGAAUGAUGGAGGCCUCUGUGUUCUUACGGACCUUCAAUGCUGCAGACAUUUUUGUGCCUCGACACAAUCAAGUCGCGGAGCUCUAUGGACAAUUCCUUUGACCUCACGGCUUGGUUUCUGCUCUGACAUGCACUGUCAACUGUGGGACCUUAUAUAGACAGGUGUGUGUUUCUUUCCAAAUCAUGUCCAAUCAAUUGAAUUUACCACAGGUGGACUCCAAUCAAGUUGUAGAAACAUCUCAAGGAUGAUCUAUGGAAAGGAUGCGCCUGAGCUAAAUUUCGAGUCUCAUAGUAAAGGGUCUGAAUACUUAUGUAAAUAAGGUAUUUCUGUUUUUUGUUUUUAAUACAUUUGCAAAAAUGUCUAAAAACCAGUUUUCGCUUUGUCAUUAUGGGGUAUUGUGUGUAGAUUGAUGAGGAUUUUUUAAAAGGAAUUACUUGUAUGCUCCUUAGCAGAGGAGAGCAAAGGCAUUUUGAACAAUUAGCCUGAAACCUAACUUUUCAUUACACUCCCGCAAGUAUUAUACCAAAGCAUUAUGUUUUGUUUGUUUUAUUGCUGUGUUUCAUCUUAAUCAUAUGUGAUGUGUUGACAACUCAUUUCUCCUGUUCUCUGAUUGGCUGGCAGGAGGCAGUUUUCAUGGGUAAUGGAGAGCAGUACAUAUGGAAGCCUCCAGAGGAUGAUGAAAUCACCAUGCUCCAAAACAAACCCUUAGGCCCUCUGAGUCCUCACAGUGGAGAGAACAUACAGCCAUCUACUGCUAUGGUGAGUAUCAGUGGAGGUUGGUGGGUGGCUCUAUGGGAGUACGGGCUCAUUGUAAUGGCUGGAAUAUAAUUAAUGGAACAGAGUCAAACAUGUGGUUUCCAUAUGUUUGAUGUGUUUGAUACCAUUCCAUUAAUUCCAUUCCAGCCAUUACAAUGAGCCCGUCCUACUAUAGCUUGUCUCACCAGCCUCCUCUGGUGAGUAUGUAUGUCAUUACAAAGUCUGUGUUCAUGGUGUUUAUCAGACUGAAUAGUACUGAAGGUUGUCCUGUGCUUUGUGGUUUCCAGGCUGCAGAGAUGUACUCCAAGGUGUGCAAACCAGGCAAGAAGAAGAGAACUGUUCCUGGGUCUCCCCCAGCAAACAUUGGCUUCCGGACCUUGGGGCGCGGCGACCGGGACCGGGAGCGAGACGGGGGAUUCAGUGUGGUAGUCAAGCCCCAGAACUGGGCCCCGCAGGAAGGGAAGCUCGUCGGAGGAGCCUCUGCAACUCUGGAGGACCACUGUUACGAGUCCAUCGGGAUGGGGGAGGAAUGCAACCCUGCCUAUGAGCCAAUGGAAGGUGGUGGGGGUUGGAAGCGAGUCGGAGGAACCGAACGGCCUCCCAACACCUGCGCCACCCUCAGGCCCAGGAGGAAGAAGUCCCAGCAGCCUUUGCAGCAGCAGCAGCCUCCCCCUCCGCCGCCCACACAGCAGACCCCCAAGUUACAGCACCUUCCAGCCAAAGCCCUGCUGCUGCCUGGGGAGAACCUGUACGAGAGUAUUGGGGACAUGAAGCAGGGCGGAACUGCCACUUCCAGCACCACCACCAUCUUCACCUUCAACGACGGCAUGGAGAUGUAUGUCACUGGGCUCUAAGGCUGCUCCCUCUGUGACCUGUGACCUCUCACCUCCUUAGCAUUUAAAAAGAAGACCACAGUUAAGGAAAGCUGGUUGAGCCCCUCUCAUGCUCACUCACACAUGUUUACAUUACAGUCAUAACUUCCUGCCUUUCAGAGCCUAGGGCAACAGUGUUGGUCAGUGGUUAACAACCUGGGCUGAAGAGAAAGUCCUUGGCUGGGUCAAAACCCUACCUUGAAUCCAAAGGUAUUGAUGAGAAAUGAGCACAAAACUAUUACAGAAAAAUCUGUAGGAUGGUAGCACUAUUUUAACAAUGUGCAGAGCACAAUUAGAGGGAAAAUUGCCUAAAUUCUUCCCAAUUUUUGCGGGUAUAACCAUUGAAAUAUAAUUCAUUUCUAUGGUUAAAACAGUGUUAUUGUACUGGCAAUCCUGGAGCCCUAGUUUAGGAAUGAGCACAACUUUCAGUUUACUCCCGAUGUAGCACUUAGUCUGUGUAUGGCAGACCUUUCACCCAAGUUGGUUGAGGUGUGAUUCAGGAAGGAAUUAAAAAUAUUAAAAGUAAAUAAAUUAAAUAUUAAUCAAAAGACUUGAAAGCUCAGGGACCAAGAGUCAAAUUAUGAGAGAAUAAUUAACUAAAUUGCACACAUUGUUGCAUUCCUCCCUACAAAAAACACAAAUAAUUUUGACCAUAUUCACAGAUGAUAAUACAAUAUAUUUUUCCCUUUUCAUUUGUUACAUAUCACAUGGACUGAUAACUGUCUCCACUGCCAUCUGUAAAUUAAUUGUUUUAUUUUGUCGAUCCAGUUCUUGCACUUUGCCUGCUUAGUGUUGCAUGCUAAAAAAAAAUCAAAUCAAGCACUGUCGUGGUACCUAAGAACGUUUUUUUUUUGUUACUGUUGUUGAUUGUUUAGUUAUUACGUUGCUUUGUUUCUCUUAGAGAGCAAAAUGUCAUUCUGAUUCAGGAUAGCUUUGGUCACUGGGAAUCUCUGGUAAUGGUUACUGUCAAGUUGGUCACUGCCUUCAUCUUUAACACAGAGAGGAGAGGAUGCUACUAUCUGAACCAUAGGGGCCAUAUCAAGUCAAGGGGGCAUGCUGGUGGAGUCUACACAAACUGUGGAUCAAUCAAGAUACUGCUUCUGCCUCACGAUCCCGAUCACUGAUGGUGGUGAUUUCACCCUCCUCAACUCUGAACGCAGGUGGAACUGACAUCCAUUAUCAAACCCUCUAUAGCUACUGUGUCUCAUCACUCCACUGAUGAACAUUUUGAUCUCCUCUCAAUCCCCAGUGACAUCUUAAAUAUACAGAAAAACAACAACAGUGCAGUGACAAUAAAUGACAACGAUACAACAGAGAUAUUGUAAAGGAGCAUAUAAGAAGUAUAGCACAAAACGUCAUCUCAACCUGGAUACUAAAGAAGAAAACUUCAUUUGACCAAAUAUACCAGCACACAAUGUGGUUAUUAUUAUGUAUGUUGAUGCAAUGUGUGCGUGUGUAUGUUACAAAAAGAGAAAUAAUAAUAAAUAUAUAAUUGGUGUCAAGAAAUCUAUCUUUUACUAUUUAUGUUUGGUUGUAUUUUUGGAAUGACUUAUCUGGUGGCAAAAUUGCAAAGACGUUACAAUGUGAAUUUUGGUGUGCUUUUGUUUAUUUUUCAAAGCCAUUUAAGCUAUGAUGUGUUCUUUGAAAAGCCAAGCUAAGUUUUAUGUGGCAGCUAAUGUUGUGUGUUUGCUAAUCAGACUACAGGGUCUUGUACUCCAAGCUUGUAAUUAAGUGCUAAAAAUGCAAAAGAUUGUAAUGUUUUAUAUCAAGAUUACUAUUCAUGAAAAUGUCAGUCAAGUUUAUACUUUUGUAAUAAAGUGGC